AUGGAAGAAGUUAGGGUUGUGCCUGCCUGUUCUGAUCAAUUAAAGCCUGUUGUUGGUCAGAGGUUCCAAUCAUUAGAGUUUGCAAUCGCGUUUUAUGAUGUGUAUGCUAGGGUCGUUGGGUUUGACACGCGCAAACAAGGUGUGAGGAAGGUGGACGAAGUUACAACGUGGUAUUACGUCGUAUGCAAUAGGGAGGGCCAUAAGAAGUCCAUCGACGAUGACCAGUUGAAUGCACGUUCCGGUUUCUCAAUGAAGCGCCGACGCUUAUCGAAGAGAUGUGGUUGUAAAGCUAGUAUUUCCUUCAAGUAUUUCUCUGAUAAUGGACAUCCAGGUUAUAUGGUACAUGAUUUCAACGAGGUUCAUAACCAUGAGAUGGUUGAGUCCGAGCACCAGCAGUUUAUGACUGUGAACCGUCAUUUGGAUGACGUUCACCAGAAAUUCAUACUUGAUUGUUCAAAAGUGAAUAUUGGACCCACAUUAACAUUUAAGGUAUUGAAAGAAACUCUCGGUGGCUUUGACCUCAUUGGUUGUACUGUCGGUGACAUCAGGAAUGCGUCACGCGACAUUAAAGCAUAUGCGCAUGGGUUCGAUGUGCAAAUGGUAUUGGACGACAUGGCGAAAAAGAAGGAGAUGUCGGAGUCGUACACAUAUCAUUAUGAGGUUAAUGAAAACAACCAGUUGGUUGCGUUGUUUUGGUGUGAUGGCUUAAUGAAAAGGAAUUACCAUAUGUUCGGUGACAUUGUAGCCUUUGACACCACAUAUAACACAAACAGGUAUUGCAUGAUAUUCUGUCCUUUCACGGGAAAGGACAAUCAUGGAAGCCCUGUAACCUUUGCGGCUGGCUUGUUAUGCAAUGAGAAAACAGGGGCGUUCGGAUGGUUGUUUAGACGUUUUGUUGAAUGCAUGGGCAUAGCACGGAAGAUGAUCGUGACAGAUCAAGACAAUGGAAUGAGAUCAGCCAUCGAAGAGGUUCUGUUUCAGCGUAACAGUAGGACGGCGUUAGACUACCACGAUGCCACUGCUUUGCCCAUUUUGGCAACUACAUUGCCGUUUGAGAAAUAUGCUUCGACGCUUUACACGGAUACGAUGUUCAGGAAAAUACAGGAAGAAAUCGUUGAGGGUAAUGAUAGAUGUCGCGUGCUAGGAUUUUCUUCGACUGAAUUUGUUGACACCUACAAGAACAAUGAGUUGAAGAAAAUACCAGAAAAAUACUGCCAAAGUAGAUGGAUGAAGACUCCGCUAGCCAAGGCGGUCCAUGGGGAAAUCCGUGAUGACAUUCCUACCAGAUCUGUUGUUGACGAUAGGCAAGCAGUGUCAAAGCAAGGCAUUUCUAUGUUCUAUGGUUUCCUCCGGCGGUUUGAGGAAGACAUUGAUUUGCUACGGGCAUUUGUAGGCGGCGUUGAAGAACAUGGUAAAUCUCUGCAAGCUUGGAAUCCGACAACGUCAGCAAUUGAAAAAAGGCGAAUGAUUGAAGAGUUCUAUGGCAUGGUGCGGCCUGAAGUUGUGGAGGUUCAUCCUCCAGAUGUGGUCAAGACCAAGGGGCAUGCUAGCAGCUCAAAGAGCCGACUAAUUUCGAAAAGGGAAAAGGCUCUAAAGGAUGCUAGUCGGCCUCAAAGACGGUGUAAGGCUUGCGAUGAGAUGGGCCACCAUGACUCCAGAAAUUGUCCUAGACUUAAAGAGAUGGAGAUGGAGAUGGAGAAAGAGUUGGGGAAGGGCAAGAGUACGAUGUGA